AUGGGCAACAUCUCCAGCUCUCCCAAGAUAUCCGCCCAGGAUCGUGCGAUCCUCGACCUAAAGAACCAACGCGAUAAGCUCCAUCAGUACCAGAAACGCAUCACCGUCCUCACAACGCGCGAAACCAAAAUCGCGAAAGAAUGCCUAGCCCGGGGUGAUCGAAGAAGUGCACUUCUUGCCCUUCGCCGCAAGAAAUACCAGGAGUCCCUGCUGGCCAAGAGUGAUGGACAGCUCGAGCAACUUGAGCAAUUAGUCGGGCAGGUAGAGUUCUCGCUCGUGCAGAAAGAUGUGCUUUUCGGGUUGCAACAAGGAACGCGAGUUUUGCAGGCUAUCAACAAGGAGAUGGGCGGGAUUGAAGGCGUAGAGAAGCUGAUGGGGGAGACAGAAGAGGCGCGCUCGUAUCAAGAAGAAAUCAGCCAAAUGCUUGCGGGAAAUCUCUCGAACCAGGACGAAGACGAAGUCGAAGAGGAAUUGGCGGCGCUGCAAGGUCCAGUAGUAUUGCCAGAGCCUCCUACGACAACUCCAAAACAGCCAGAAAUACCAGUUAUAGCGACAGAAGAGGGGACGACGGAGCAAGGGGAAGUGGUCAGAAAGGAAGCACGAGCUGCGGUCCCAGCUUCUUGA